GCAAAGACGGAGGCGGGAAAAGGGUAAGCCAGGACGCGCCGGAAGCGGGGGGAGAGAGAGAGGAAUGGAAAUCGACGGCGAUGGAGGCGGCGGCGCCGCCGCCGACGCGGAGGAGAGGGGGAGAAGCGAGCUGGUACCCCUCCUCGAAGCCAUAAAAACCUCGGAGGUUUUGGAGAACAGAAUUGCCCUUAUCAACCAACUCGAGGGUUCCUCCCAGUUUUGUGUUGAUGAUCUGGGCCCAAUACUUGAAAGCCUUGUUGUAUGUUGGGAUGAUUCCACAUGUUCAGGUUUAUCACACUGCAUGCUACACAAGUCGGUUCUGCAGGUUGCUCUGAAAUGCACCGAGUCAGAUGCAACCGCCUGCCUGGGGCAAUUUCUUACCCUCGGUGCGAAGGCUAGCUCAUGGUGUGGGAAGCAUCUCAUAUGGUUCGUCGAUUCUAUUGAUGAUUCUGAAGCGGUUCAAGAGGAAGAGCACAAUAGUUUAUGCCUAGAGAUAAUUUCACUGACCUUAAAUAUCUCUGUCAAGCUCCUUCCAAUGGCAGCAAAAUGUAUUACUGUUGAUGUGGUGCAUACUACUGGUGAUUUUAUUUUGGAAUUGCUAACACUGACGGAAAGCUCACUAGUCAACAAGACAAUUCAUGGAGCUGCAGCACAUGUUGCUAAGGCUGCACCUGUUUUUCUGGAUGAAACCAUUAAACUGUGCAGAGUAUACUGUGAGGCUGCAAAGUCAGAUAGCUGCAGAAUGAGCAUGCCUCCAGAAGAGAUAACUGUGGAACAUGAAGUACCAGAUCUUACCAGCAAUGUGACCAGGAUCACAACAUGCACUAUUCAGACCUUGUGUAAAAUAGGAACAUAUGCAGCAUCCAGUGGUGGAAGCCAGGUGGCUUUAUUGAAUGUAUCAUGGAAAGGUGUAGUUUCCUUACUUCAACUUGGAAAAGGAUCGAUAGAAGUAAAAGUAAGUGUCAGUGAUAUCAUUUCGACCCUUAUCUCGCUUGUCAUCGAAUCUCUGAGGGUUGCUGCGGAUACAUGGUGUAGGUCAUUACAAGAAGUCCUUGGUAUCUCUGAAGCUAAAAGGGCAUUCUUACCAAUAAAAUUUUUCUUAAUAAAUGCUGUAAGGAUUUGCACUGUAUAUCCUGCAGAAGCACUGGCUAUAUACAGGGACAUAAUCAGGUGUACAUUGGUGAUAUCAUCCUCAAGCAUUUUAUUCAGCAAAGAUCCCCUGUUGAAAGCAGCAAAUGAGGCACUUGUUGAAUUAUUGGAGCCUAGUUCUUUUCUUUUACUAGACACACUUAUGAAGUCAUCAGAAAUAAGACUAGAGUCAAAAUGCCAGCUUGUGCAGUACCUUUUAGAAAAUGAAGAAGCUAAUGAUCCAGCUCAAAUGGUGCAGGAUGGUCAGAGAGAGAUGAAUUUGGCUUCGUUAGGUUGCAUUUUCUCAGUGGAUCCUGAUGUUGAUAAUAGAAACCGAGGACUUUUACCUGCUGAACUUAUUGUGUUUUUGCACUUGCUCAAUAUUUCCCCAGACUUGAGAGAAGAGUUGGUCAUCGAUUUAUCUAAAAAGCUGCCGGCUCUUCUUAAUGUCUUAACACUGGAAGAUGUCUACUCAUUUGUCCUUGGCUGCCAAAUUCCUACAUUCUAUGGUGCUGACCAUCCUCCUGUGGUUGUGUGGCAACCUGUGUAUACUUUUCUCACACAAGCCCUGAAGACUUAUAUGAUUGCUGCUGCUGCUUCAAGUGUUGCUUGGAAUGAGUUGGAAGCGUUCCUACUUGAGAGCCUUUUCCACCCCCAUUUCCUUUGCUUGGAAAUUCUAACAGAGCUAUGGUGCUUCUUCGUGCGCUAUGCUGACAAUGAAACUUCAACUUAUUUAGUUAACCAACUAUUUCUUCUGUUAAAGACUGUAGCAUCACCAGAGAAAGUUCUUGAACCUCUCAGUGCUUUGCGGAAGCUUGCACGUGCAUUCUGUAUCAUCUUGAGCUAUGCAUCAUGUGCAACUAUUGAUCAAAUUUAUACCUGCGUGCUGAAUGAUCAAAACUCUUCCAAGUCAUCAGUCCUGCAUUUAGCAUUGUUGAUGGAAGGAUUUCCUUUUGAUUCAUUAUCGGAUGGUGUAAAGGCGCAUGCUGUAAACAAAUUAUUCACUUCUUUUGCGGGGUAUCUACAGAGCUACUUGAAGAAUCAAGGCGCAGUUGAUUUGCCAACUUCUAGUUCAGGUAUAAUAGGUCUUCCUGUACACGCUCUAGCCUCUGCAUUGCAGCGAUGCGAAAUAAAAGACUAUAACGCCAUAGAUGGGAAGAGUAUUGCCACUAUGUUUAAGUUCAGCUUCUCCCUCAUUAAUCUGUAUAGGACUGCACCUGACAGCAGUAAGGACCAGCUUGCCCAGCAAAUCAGUUCCAUGUUGGAUAUUAUCUCAAAAGUGAGGAAUCUGUGUGCAUUCUAUCAGAUGGAGAAGCUGACUCUAGAAUUGCACACCCUGUUCAUGUGUAGUUCUGGUAAUCCAAAGGCAGCGUUAUCUCAGUGCAAACCAUCUCUAGGUUGUUUUAUGUCAAUGCUUGGUCACUUGAACUAUACUGAAGUUGACGCUAAUGCACUUUGUUCAGCAAUGCUGGAUUUAUACCAUCUCUUGGUGAGGGAACGACACUGGGCACUCAUUCACCUUGCGAUGAGCUCCUUUGGGUACUUUGCCGCCCGCACAUCUUUUACGCAGCUCUGGAGAUUCAUUCCUGGAGAUGCUGCCCUUUCAUAUAACGCCAACACAGGGAUGGACAUCGACGAGAACGGAUUCAUGUCGGAGCUGAAAGCUUUUCUUCAGAAAGAGGCUGCCUUACGUGGCGACAAAUGGUCUCGAGAGCAAACCCGUUUCCUAGUUUCAGAGGGCAGAGCACUGAAGAAACUGGUUGAAACAGCUUCUGAGAUUCCACUAGCCCCAGAGCCUGAGAAAAAAGCUGUGAUUUCCAAGGAUGCCAACAAAAAGAGGAAGAUACCAGAUGGGAUUGGCGAAGGGAUGACACUGCUACAGAACGGUCUCAAGGUCAUGCGAAGCGCUCUCAAUGAAACUGACUCAGCAGAGCUCAAGGACAGGUUGGCGGCACACCUGUCAUGCCUCGAGAACGCAGUUUCCCAGAUUGUUAGUUUCUCUGACAAAAUCUGAUACUCUUCGCCGCUACUGUUACUGUUCGGUUGUCAGAUGGUAGCCUACCAAUUGCUGUGGCAGUUUAAGUAAUUAAGAUCCAACAACUAAUUAUUGAAUGUACAUUGAGAAACAAAGCUAAUUUUCGGGUUCCUGUUAAUCCAUGGUAUUUAUA